AUGCUAGUGGAACAGGACACGGCCUUUACCAAUACAAAUGCAGCGAAGAAGCAGAUCAAGACAUUUAACAGAACCAACGUCGCCUUAGCGUUGACCCCAGGAGAACGAAGUGAGUGUGUCGGGACUUUGGGUGAUCAGUCCCUCUUUGCUAACAAAAGGAAGAAGAAGAACAAAAAGUUUAUUUUGGGGGAACCUGGAACGCUCGCCCUUGCCCUUCGCGAAAGGUUGACUGAUUAUAUUGAGAGCACUGGUGAACUUGGUGAGGAGCAGGCUGGUUUCAGGAGGGAUAUAGAAGAAGGUCGCCAGAAGGAAGAUCGACAGGAAGAAGAUCGACAGGAAGAAGAUCGCCAGGAAGAAGAUCGACAGGAAGAAGAUCGCAGGAAGAAGAUCGACAGGAAGAAGAUCGCCAGGAAGAAGAUCGCCAGGAAGAAGGUCGCCAGGAAGAAGAUCGCCAGGAAGAAGAUCGACAGGAAGAAUAUCGCCAGGAAGAAGAUCGACAGGAGGAAGAUCGACAGGAAGAAGAUCGCCAGGAAGAAGAUCGCCAGGAAGAAGGUCGCCAGGAAGAAGAUCGACAGGAAGAAGAUCGCCAGGAAGAAGGUCGUCCAGGAAGAAGAUCGCCAGGAAGAAGAUCGACAGGAAGAAUAUCGCCAGGAAGAAGAUCGACAGGAGGAAGAUCGACAGGAAGAAGAUCGCCAGGAAGAAGAUCGCCAGGAAGAAGAUCGCCAGGAAGAUGAUCGCCAGGAAGAAGAUCGCCAGGAAGAAGAUCGACAGGAAGAAUAUCGCCAGGAAGAAGAUCGACAGGAGGAAGAUCGACCAGGAAGGAAGAUCGCCAGGAAGAAGAUCGCCAGGAAGAAGAUCGCCAGGAAGAAGGUCGCCAGGAGAAGAUCGCCAGGAAGAAGAUCGACAGGAAGAAGAUCGCCAGGAAGAAGAUUGACAGGGAGGAAGAUCGACAGGAAGAAGAUCGACAGGAGGACUCCUCUAGUGGAAAUGUCGAGAUAUUAA